GACGGGAAUGCGCGCGGGGUACAUCGAAGUGUGAAGGCGAGACCAGGCGAGAAACAGAGCGUGUCUCGCGGCGCUCCCGAAGCCGAAUCCGUGGUCGGGGGAAAGGGUCGCGCAGUAUCGGUCGAUAUCAGAUAUCAGGGUUGGAGUAUCAGCGGGGGAAGGCAGCCUCACUCGCUCUCCUACUGUGGUGCCGAACGCCGGGUCUCAAGACAGCUGGCGGCACGGGUACACAGCGACACUCUGCCUCACACAACACCCUCGCCGCCCACGACCCGUCCUGAGGUGUUCGUAAGGAAGGCUCCCGUUGGAUGCCCGUUCGUUCUCGUGCUCUUCGCGGCCUUCCACCUCGUCCCUGUGGCCUUAAGGUGUUGGUGUACCGCCUACCACCACCCUCACCACCCCCACCGCCAAGAGGGUGUUAGGGGGUGUUCCAUAGUGGCUCCUCCUCCUCGCGACGCCCAAACCACCACCGCGACACGAGCCACAGCCUUCGUCAGCGCCGCCUCUAGACCGCCGCGCCCAAGACAGUGUGAGGUGGUGGUGUUAACCCGUGUGUGUGUGUAUGUGUGUGUGUCUUUCUCCUUGCGGCACGAACUCGGCCCGCUCGCCCGCCACCGUGACCCAAUAUUCUCCACCUAAACGCUGCCUGCUCGCUCCUCCGCCUGCGUGCCUGCCUGCUGAGACGUAACCUGCACAACCUACCACGUCUUGACCCUCCCCAACCGCCCAGACACACAUAGGAAGGCGGGUUAAAGUGCUUCUCGUGUGCCCGUGUCUGGUGCAACAUCGGCUAUUGUGAUCGUCUCCUCCUGAACUUCCGCCUUCGUCUUGAUCUUGAAACUAACACUAAGGCCGCUGCAGGUGUGUUCAGAAGGGCCUCAGGUAGCGUCAGGUGUUGUGUCGCCCUGCAGGUGUGAGAGGUGCAAGGUGGGGAGCUCCUGGCUGUGUCUGGAGCUGCUCUGAGGCUGACGCGAACACUACCACCGCAACCGCCCUCAUCACCGCCACCGCCACCUUCGCCCGCGCCCCCCGCCACCCACCCCCCGAUCCCACUCCCUAUUUCGGCGCCCCCCCCCCCACCUUACCGCUAUUCCAUCCGCCCCCUUCCUCCUCCAUCCCCCCUUCGUCAUCACGAGUGCCUGCGCCAUACACACAAAACAUUUUAUUUUUCAUCCGUUUUAUGUGUGUGUGUUUUUUGUGUCGCCGCGUUUGUGUUAUUGCUGCUGUUGUUGUUGUUGUUGUUGCCAUCGUGUUUUAGUGUUGAUGAAGUGAGAUAAAUAAGAGGAAAGUAAUAUUCUGGCACAGUCCAAAGAUCCGAGGUGAUAACACUAAUAGGUCAUAAGAAAAGUGAUAAAAGUUGAAGCAAAGAAAGACAAGGGGAUAUUUUUUUUUCUAAGCUGGAGCAGACAUUUUACAGGAAGGAAAAAAAUAAGUUACUGACGCGAGAAGUGGAAAGCACGGAGGAAAAGACGAGACAAAUGCACUUGAAUCACAUACGCUAGUUGAGAGAGAGAGAGAGAGAGAGAGAGAGAGAGAGAGAGAGAGAGAGAGAGAGAGAGAGAGAGAGAGAGACGGAAAGGGGACAGACUGAUGAAUACGUGUUCGAGGAGUCUUGUCAAGGAGUGUACAGCGUCCUCUUCCUCCUCCUCCUCCUCCUCUUCGGCGCCUAGUCCUCGAACUCUGACCUCCUCCUCGUCAUCGUCUCCCGGGUCGCCACUGCCCUGAUGCGUCACGGUGGUCGGGUCAGGCAGCAGCUCCGGCAGACGGAUGCCACACGAAGGGAAGGGGUGCCGUAGGAAACCAUCACACGGAGAGGCGAUAAGGCUCCCCGCACGAGGCUCGCCGCGUGGGUGAACGAACGUGUGUCUCCCCGGAUAUGAUGGUGACCGUGAGGGGAUGACGCUCGGCACUGCCCGGAAAACCCCGCCGCCCUCACACCCUGACGCCGCAAGCAAGGCUGCGACGCACGCCUCCCUCAGUGUGUAGCGUCCCCGCCGUGCCGUGUGCCGUGCCUCAGGUCCCCGCCUCCUCGUCCUUCCCUCCGUCGGUGCCCCCUGCAGUAGCACGCGCCGCCCCGCCAUGAACACCAACGCCAACACCGCCGUGCCGCCCAACACCUCCAUGGCGGCGGACGGCCUGGGCCUGGACGGCGGGCUGCCCGGGGGCGUGGGUGUGGGCGUGGUGACGGGCGGGUCGACGCGGCGCACCUCGCGGGUGUGGCGUUACUUCGGCAUGGUGGACAACUGCCACUACAUCUGCCGCCUCUGUUCCUUCGUCGGCGCCUACACCAACACCACCAACAUGCGGAAGCACAUCCAGCACCACCACCCCGACCACUUCCAGGACAUCCUGGACCACACGCGCCCCUCCACGCGCCCUUACUUCGCCGGCAGCCUGACGCGCCUCCGCCAGCCGCUGCAGUACCCCCAGCACGGCGCCGGCCACCACUACCCGCCCACCCUGAUGUACCCGCCGCCCGUGUCCGCCGCCAAGCGCGUCAUGCUGCCCAAGCCCGCCGAGGUGCCCGUGCCCUUCCUACACGCCGACGCCAGGACCGACGUGGACAUGGGCCUCAGCGUGUCCUCCCACGACUGCUCCGUGGCGGCGGCGGCGCACGCGGCGGCUCAAGCGGCGGCCCAGGCGGCGGCCACCUGCCAGCCGUCCCUGCAGGAGCACGCGAGUGACGCCGCCUACUCGUCCCUGCUGGGCCAGGCCUCGGUCCACACCACCGCCACCACCACCACCACCGCCCUGCCGCCCGUCAGCCUGGGCGCCAUGAGCCCCGAAGAGAGCAAGCUGGUGAAGCAGCUGCUGCCCGCCCUCAUCGAGGUCACGGACUCCUCCGCCGACAUUGACACGCCCGCCAGAGGUCUCCAGACGCAGGAGGACCGGUCUGGCAGCAGCGAGUUCAGCCAGCACAAUAGCGACGACGUGCCCAUCACCGUCUCGCCCGAACACUUCCUCUCCGAAGCCAACGACCAGGAUGAGGCCACGCCGGUGCCUCCCACGCCCGCCCAGCAGAAGCCAGAGAGUUACCAGCUGCGGCACAACAACCACCUCACCAUCGUGCUGGAGGCGCUGGCGAGGGACGAGUCGUUCAUGGAUGUGACGCUCACCGCCCAGGGACGCUCUCUCAAGGCUCACAAGUCUGUGUUGUCAGCGGUGAGCUCCUACUUCCGCGGGGUGCUGCGUGACAACCCCUGCCAGCACCCCAUCAUCAUCAUGCCCAGGGACGUGCGCUUCGAGGAGCUCUACAGCAUCGUAAACUACAUCUACAAGGGCGAGAUGACAGUGGCCGCAGAAGACCUCACCUCCCUCCUCAAGACAGCCGAGAUCCUGCAGGUGUCUGGCUUAGCCCCCUCAGACUCCUCGGCCACGGUCAACCCCCAGACGGAAUCACUACCCUUGGGCAAUGUUCGCUCCUCUUCCAACUCCUCCUCCGCCUCCUCCACUAAUGUUCCCCCCGUGACAAGGCCCGCAAGACCCCCCAAGGCCCCGUCGCAGAGCCUGUCCACUCCACCCGCAAGACCCAAAUCGAUAGACAGCAUGAUCAACCCGGCAGACUUCAUUGAUGUGGACAUGACUUGUGUGAAGGAGGAAGUGCUGAGUGGCGGCGAGGACGAGAAGGACGAACCCUCCAGCAAAGAGCGGCGCACCCAACCACCGGACUGUUCCCAGGUGGUGGAGUGCGCCCAGUCCCAGGAUGCCCAGCAGACCCCCGAAUGCUCCCAGACAACAGACUCCGAAGCCAAAGAUGACGACGACACCUCCGAUCAGGUCCUGCUGGGCUUUCCAACACCGUACGAACAAAGCUUUGACCAGCCGAUGGCCUCCACCAGUUCCCACGAGGCAGAGUUCAGGUCUUUAGGUGUUAAGUCAGAUCCAGAAAGAGACUUCAACUCACACUUGUCUAAACCGAACGAUAACCCCCAGCCGCUGCAGUGCCCGCAUUGUGACGAACAGUACCGCGACGUGGAGAGCAUCGACUCCCACCUCAGACUCAAACACCCGUCAAAGCCCAGUUUCACGUGCAAGUGUGGCCGCAUCUUUACCAGACAAAUACACCACCAAGCCCACACCAGGAUGUGCUCCAGCUGCUCCUGAACUGGUUACCAGCGGCUGUGACUGAACACUGAGCCAAGUUUAUUAGUGCGCUAAUCAUGUUAUAGUGAGAGGCAUUAAUGGUUGAUGAUACAAAACGUACGUUGUAUUAAACGUAACUGAAUGUUGAAAAACAGUUGAAGAAUUAAAUUAAUUAAAUAUUAAAUCAAAAUAUUUAUAAGAAUUUGGGACAUUAUUUGAAUUCACUUCUUUGGGAAGCUGUCACAAUUUUGUAACAAUAAUUUAAGUCCUUCAAACGCAGGCAGGUCAUGGCCAGAGGGGCGUGGCACUGCCCAGCGUGUGAAGGCUGCAAGGUAGAGGCUUCUGUUCAGCAUGUGGCACCUGGACGUGUACAUAGUGACAGGAUUAGAUAUUCUACAUGUGUUUUUCAUGACUGUGCAUUUGUGUGUGCUCUGUGCGUGAGCGUGUAUGUGUGCGCGUAUGUUUGUGUGCGCGUUUGUGUGUACAAUACGUACAGUACAUAAAGUUUAAGAGUAA